GGCGCGUUUUUGAGUUGGAAUCCGAAGCAAAUGGCAGAGGGUGGAAAUGCCGGUGCGAGUGAUGAAUCUCUGAAGCUAGCCGUAGCGAUAUCGCUUCUCCGAUCUAAGUUCAUGAAAAACAUUAAAGACUGUAAUGCCAUUUCUCCUUCCCAAUCGGACACUCUUCUCCGUUGGAAGCGAAAGGCUAAGGAAAGGAAGCAAGAAAUUCUACGUCUCCGAGAAGAUCUGAAGGAAUCUCAAGAUGCUUCACAUUGCGAUCUCUUCCCUGAGAAUGCUUCUUGCAAGUGCUAUUUCUUCGGCAGUUUAGGGGAAUUAAAUCCUAAGCAUCAUGUAAACGACUCUGAAAAUAGAUUCAACGACGUCCUUCGUCGCAGAUUUCUAAGACAAGUGCGAUUUAAGGAAAGGAGGAGAAGAGUUGGUUCUUCAAGUCAACAACGGCUUUCUUUAGGUUUAAUUGAGGAAGAUGAAACAGAGCAGCUUAAGGCCUCUGUUGAUUUUCUUGUGGAGCUGUGCGAGACUGUAUCAGCUGUCAGCGUGGAUGAUUCCAAGUUUGCAAACUUGGCACACCAAGCCGUUGACUUUAUAUCGGUUUCAUUGAAGAAUCUUUUGUCUACGGGAAGGAACCCAGAACCCGUUGAAGGAAUUAUCAACAGCCUAGUUACACGUUUGACUAGGAAGAUGUGUUCGUACUUGUCAGAAAAUGGAUCUCAACACACUGGCACCAAUGCCCAGUUCUGUAUUCAGCAUUUGCUUCGUAAACUUGGAAGUGAGCCCUAUAUUGGUCAGCGGUGUAUACUUUCAGUUUGUCAAAUAAUUUUGGUGCUAGCAGAACGUUUGCUUUUUUCUGAUCCUUUUGAUGAUAUUUUUCCUGACAUGCACGAGUGUAUGUUCAUUAUGAUCCAGCUUAUUGAGUUCUUGGUGGCAGAUUACUUACUGGAAUGGUCAAAAGCUGAAGAUUUUGACACUGUGCUCCUUGAAGAUUGGAUGACAUCAAUUAUUCAGGCAAGAAAAGCAUUAGAACUUCUGGAAAGCAGAAAUGGACUAUACGCGCUUUAUAUGGACCGUAUCACAGGUGAGUUAGCAAAACAUGUUGGUGGAGUCUCACUGCUUCAGAAGGUUAAAACGGAUAUUUUUAAUCGCCUGUUUCACUAAACAUUGAUUCAAUUGUGAGUAAUAUAUCUGGGCCAUAUAGGGAAAAAAUGGUAUAUAUAUGGAAACGAGGGGAAUAAAUGAUGUCUGGUAAUGGAACAUGAGUAAGCUAGACGUGUGGAUUUGCACUAGUACAUGGGUUCUUAACUUCUUAUGAUAGUUUAAGUAGCUUACGGAAUUAUUCAGGUUAGGAUUAGGUAGCGCGAGUCACGAGUCAUCACAACACAAUGUCAAAGUCUACUUUAGGUCGUGUGCCUUUUUAUUCAACCAUUGCUUGUAUCUAUGAGAGGAAAGGUUGUAUUGCUUUUCGUGUGUUACACCACUACCUAGCAUUAUAACCAUGGGUUGAUUGAGACUGGAAAAUGAAGUCACUCUGCAACCUUACCUUUUUAUACAAUUUAUGCAUGCAAUCUUUGCCACUUUCUGUAUAUUACCCGUAUAUUGCACAUCCCUUUUGCUCGGUCCUUUUCUUAUUUUGCUAAGUGUCUUCAUUUAUGUGCU